UAGGGUCGGGCGCUACUGCUUUCACUCUCAGCUCAGAGUCUCACACGUGUAGGAAGGAGUGUAUUGCUUUCAGCUUUGGUGAUGCCAUGCCCAGGAACCACAGCGGAGACGAAGGUAGCGGUGGAGGUGGAGGUAGUGGGCUCUGGAUGAGAGCCUCACCUAGGCUUCAUAGCGAGGGCUAUGGCGUAAAAGAUGUGGAGUCCGGACGGAAGAUGAUGAACAACGCGGGAGAUGGGUUGCUGUCUCCUUCUGCCACCACCGCCGCCAGCAGCAGCAGCAGCACCAACGCCGCUGGCGGUCGCGGCUCUGACAGUCUGGCAGGGAAGCAGGGAGCCCGGCUCAGUCUCCUGGGGAAGCCGCUGGUGUACAGUGCCCAGAGCGGGCGAAGAAACGUGCGCUACCGGCGGCUUCAGAACUACCUAUACAACGUCCUGGAGAGACCCAGAGCGUGGGCGUUCAUCUACCACGCGUUCGUGUUCAUCUUGGUUUUCAGUUGCCUGGUCCUUUCUGUGUUCUCAACCAUCCCCGCUCAUCAGGACGUCUCAUCUGGCUGCCUGCUAAUUUUGGAGUUUGUAAUGAUUGUGGUGUUUGGUUUGGAGUACAUCAUCCGCAUCUGGUCAGCAGGAUGUUGCUGCCGCUACAGAGGAUGGCAGGGCCGACUGCGCUUCGCCAGGAAGCCUUUCUGUGUCAUAGACAUCAUAGUGCUGAUUGCAUCCGUGGCAGUGGUGUCAGCGGGCAGCCAGACCAACAUGUUUGCCACCUCAGUCCUUCGGAGUCUGCGUUUCCUGCAGAUCCUUCGGAUGGUUCGAAUGGACCGGAGAGGCGGCACCUGGAAGCUGCUGGGGUCUGUGGUGUACGCUCACAGCAAGGAACUGGUAACUGCCUGGUACAUCGGCUUCUUGGUUCUAAUCUUCUCUUCGUUCCUCGUCUACCUUGUGGAGAACAAGUUCAACAAAGACUUUGCUACCUACGCUGAUGCCUUGUGGUGGGGCACGAUUACCCUGACAACCAUCGGCUAUGGAGACAAAACACCAAAGACAUGGACAGGGCGGAUGCUGUCCGCAGGGUUCGCCCUCCUGGGCAUCUCCUUCUUUGCCUUGCCUGCAGGUAUUCUGGGCUCAGGCUUUGCCCUGAAGGUCCAGGAGCAGCAUAGACAGAAGCACUUUGAGAAGAGGAGGAACCCUGCAGCCUAUCUCAUCCAGUGUGUUUGGCGUAGUUAUGCGGCUGAUGAGAACUCGGUUUCCGUUGCUACCUGGAAACCUCACUUGAAGGCGUUGCAUACCUGCAGCCCUACGAAGAAGGAGCAGGGAGAGUCAACCACCAGUAAAAUUCAUAGUAAUAAGCAGAAGCUACUGAGGAGGUGUACCGCUCGGAAACAUAGUCAGAAGUUAAGCUUCAAAGAGCGUGUAAGGAUGGCAAGCCCCCGCGGUCAGAGCAUCAAGAACCGGCAGACGUCCUCGGUAAACGAUCGGCGCUCUCCGGUGGCCGACGGUGGCACCGAGGGCACCAGUCCCGCCAAGGUUCAAAAGAGCUGGAGCUUCAAUGAUCGCACGCGCUUCAGACCCUCACUGCGGCUCAAGAGCCAGUCCCGGUCCACCACUGACGCAGCAGACUCCGCUGUGACCGGCGAAGACGGCUUUGAUGAAAAGGGCUGUCACUGUGAGAUCUCCGUCGAAGACUUGCUGCCCUCAGUUAAGACUGUCAUCCGAGCUGUCAGGAUAAUGAAGUUUCAUGUAGCAAAGAAGAAGUUUAAGGAGACUCUGCGUCCAUAUGAUGUGAAGGAUGUGAUUGAGCAGUACUCUGCAGGACACUUGGACAUGCUGUGCCGUAUUAAGAGUCUGCAGACCAGGCUGGACAUGAUAGCUGGCCCACAGACCCGAAGCACCAGAACCAAGACCUUUUCCUCCCCUUCCUUGACUGUGCUUUACAGCCAGGGGAGAAAGAACUCCAUCAGGGGGGUGGACCAGAUCCUCGGGAAGGGACAGGUCCCUCUGGAUAAGAAGAUACGAGAGAAGCUCCUGUCUGAUGGAGAUACGUUGGAGGACAUGAGCAUGCUGGGCCGCGUCUGUAAGGUGGAGAGGCAGGUCCAGUCAAUUGAGUCAAAGUUGGACUCUCUGCUGGACAUUUAUCGUCAAGUACUGCGCAAAGGCUCCUCUUCGGCUCUCACUCUCUCUUCGCUGCCCCUGUUUGAGCUGGAACAGACCUCUGACUACAACUCUUCGGUCUUUACUAAGGAACUCUCCAGCUCCACUCAGGUCAGCUGCGGCGGAGUGCCUAACUCGAGCGGCUUCGCCACACGCUCAUCAACCAACUCGCAGCUUUCCCAGAGAGGACUCCACCUCAUUCUAGCCCCUCAGAGUGAGCUCAACCUCAAUCUCCAUGCCUCAUCGUCCACUCCUCCCUCUGGCCUUUCAUCUUCCCCUUUUAGCCCAUCGCCGCUGCCUCAUCAUCAUCAUCAUCAUCAUCUUCCACAUCAUAAACAGGUUCAGGCCACAUCACCUGAAAGUGGCACUGAUGAGGCUGUAGGGAGCUCCCCUACUGUCCUCACCCCGAACAGUACCAGCAGUUCUGGGGGCCAAGGAUUAGGAGAUGAAGGCUUUCCUCUUUUGGCACGACUCCCACCACCCCCUUCCAGACAAAGUGUUUGCCCUGGCAAAUUGGUGCGAGCAACCUCUACAGAGGCUUCUCCUGAAAUUAAGAGCUUCUGCAGGGGUCUACAGAGCCACAUCGAGGACCACAAUCUUGGGGAGGACCUUGGACUUCAGUUUGGGUUAAGCACAUUAGGGGAACAGUUACAAGGGAGCCCCAAUGGUAAUGCCAGGCCUAAUGCUAAGGAGGAAGGCUCCUGGAGGAGACAUAUGAGUCUCGAGCUGGAGCCACUUAUGCCAGCAGCCCCAGAUUAUUGCUCUAGGCCCAUCCAUAUGGACCAAGGAAUGGGCAAAUCUAUGUCAGUACAGGACUUGGUGCAGGUAGGUCCUGUUCAUGGUCCACACCAAAGCCACCGCCUAUCAUCUGCAAGCCCAAGUACAAGCAGUGACUCUCCAACAGGCUUCAACAGCUGUUGCCAAGACCUUGGGGGAGAGAGUGGUGGUGCAAGAGGGAGAGGUCAAGGAUGUUGGGGUGAGGAGGACCUCUUUAUCAGUGACAGAGACAUGGAGGUUCAGGGGUUUGACUUUCUGUCACAGGGCACAUCUGAGGCUCUCUCCUUUUCUUCAGACCACCUGAGGACAGCAGACAGAGCAGGGGCAGGGACCCAGGGCUCUAACCGAAACCUGGCUGGUGGUCCUCCAUCAUCGCCCUCUUCUGUCAGCGCCGAACUGCUGAACAUGCCACACGUGCGGCUAAAAUAGACCAACUAAUUGUUCGGAAGAUACACAAAUCUCACCUGAGAGACUGUUUUUAUCCUGUUUGAAGGGAGGUGGUUGGGAAACUCAGUUGGGGUUUUGUCUUUUGUUUAUUUGUAUCUUUUUCCAUUUGAUAAGAUUCACAGGUUUUUUUUCAUACAGGUUAAUUAUGUUGGCAUGAGUUACUCUGUGUUUUAAUGUAUGUUAGACGAAUCUGAGAUAAAAGAUGAAGGCUUGAAAAAAGUAGAACACAAUUUUUGUGUUAAAUUAAAUAAUGGAUGGGUCGAUCUGAGACCCUGCUAUAUAGCAUGAACUGCAUGUUUUCAGGCAAAAGCACAGAUUUGAAACUACAUUUACAAGUUCAGGCACCUAACACCAUCUCUUUUUUCUUUUUUUUUUUUCUGCGUUUUAGGCCCUUUUUGAAUAUUGUUUGUUGAAUAACUUAGUCAAUAAAUCAAGGCGCUGACAAGUUUUGCUAUAAAAUUCAGUGAAUCUAAAAAGUGUUUACACCACUGUUAAACUGCCAGCUUUUUGUAGUGUUAAAAACAGACCAUGAAAAACUUUUCAACAGUGCAACUGAAAAAUACAACAUUUCUGUUUUUGGCUGGAAAUGUAAAACAUUAACUGGUUGCAGAAGUGUGCAGCACACCCUCUAACUCUUACUUUUUGGAAACACCCUCUGAUUCAGUUUCACCAUUUAGUCUUCUUACAGCAGUUCACAGCUCCCAUUAGUUAAGGUCAAUCUGAUCAACCUAGGUUUAGGUGUUCUUUUUUCUUUUACCUGACUUUGACUUAUUUGCAUUCAUUAGCUAAAGCUAUAGAUUGUAGAGAAGUUACAGAGGAUCACUUAUAAAGGUAUCAGUCAAGAGAAGGUUUUAAAGGAAGUUACAGCAUAUUUUAUAUCCCAUGGCACAGAGGAUGAUCAUCACUAAUCAGAGAAAAUAUAGGACACCAGUGGCACUACAAAAUCUUGUCAUUUGUUCAAGAUUAAUGUAAAGUCAAUCAACUGGUCGGUUAGGCUUCCAAGAGACCAGCACGAACACAUGAAAUGCUACAGGAAUACUCAACUCGUACAUCUUGUGUUCUACAUGUGGCAACAAUCUAUUAUCUAUUAUAUUCUCUAUAUUUCUGGAUUAAGGUUGCAAAAAAGAAAUAAUUUAUUUCACAAAAAAACCAGGCCUAACUGAAAUCUCCCAAAACCAUUGAGAAUACAUUGUGACCAAAAGAAGUACAACUUUUGAGCCACAAUUCCAAAUCAAAUAAUUUCAAAAGUUAAUGUUGUGCUAUGUUAAAACAAGAAAAAUACUUAGUGUAAUAAGGUGGUGGCAGCAUCAUGCUGUGGGAUUACUGCUCUUCAAAUUGAACAAGAAUUUUUGCCAAACUGAAUGACCGAUGUGACUACGCCUUUAUGUGUGUUUACAGUGUAAUCCAUACUAGUAUUAGAGGUCUGGAGGCUGAACGUCUGUUUAUAAGCUGCUUUUUAAUCCAAUAAACUAACCCCAAAACACUUUAUGGGUUCAUUCUCUGCUCUGAAAUAUUUCAUGCAUGACACAAGAGCAAAACUAAACAACAGAAGAAGACACAAUCUGUUAUACUGGCAUAACAGUUGUUACCGUCUGUAAACCUUCAAGCUCCACCAUUCAUGUCCGCUUCUUUGAGUUUCUGUGGACAGAGAAAAGCCUAAGACCUAUUUUUUUAUGCAAAACCUGGACAAUGAAAUAGCAAGUUUGUAAAAUGAAACUUUUUAAUUAAUUCACUGUGGCUACAUUGUUUAGCACAACUUAGCAAAGCCUAGACAGAAGCUCACACAUUGUUGAUUUGUGCUAUCUAGGAGCCUUGAGCUAAUUAUGCUUUGUCCCUUUUAACUGCUCUAUGUACUGCUGCUCGGUGAAGAUCCUCAUGUCGUUUCCUGAAGCUGCUGUGCAAACAUGCUGAAAGUAUGAUCUAAGGCAACUAAUGCAGCUGUAUCUCAUCAAAAAAAAAAAAAAAAAUACUUACAGAUAAAUGUUUCAAUUUCUGUUGAGCUGCAACUUAUUCUUUGUUGAAGCGACAGUUAUGUGGAUGGGGAAAAGGUGCAGCUGCUUUUAUGUCCAGAUCAAUUUGACGCAGUUGAGCUGGUUCUGCUAUGGACUGAAACAUUUGGUGAAUGUCAUUUUCUGGUGUACAAAUUCUGUUGGUUAGAAAUUGUGUGAUCACAAACCACCCUUUAGUGUUUUGCCAUUUGUUUUAACAUUGCUCCUGACGGAAAUUAUUAUUGACUUCUUGAACUGGACUUGGAAUCCAAAUGUGUAUCUUUUCAGUAUAAACCCAAGAUUGCUUAAACUGUUGAGCAGUGAAAAUACAACUUGCCACCACCUUUCUCUUCCUGUUGCAUGGUGCAGAACUAGAUGCUGUGAUUAGACUUAACUCGUUUUCUCAAAUUUUGCAGUACCUAGACACAUUCUGUAGCUUUAUAUUAAAUACCAGGACCUGUGGAUAAACAAAAUUGUACAAAUUUAAAGUAGAAAGAAUUAUAAAUGUAUCUGUGCAUGAGAGCAGAAAGGUGCAUACCAUUUUAAUCUGACAGAUUGACAAAGAACUGCAUACAUCUGAUUUUACUACUUGUCUUAGCAGUGAAAAGGAUGUGAAUAACUUGUUUUUGCCACAAGCAAUAUAUAUGCCUGGCAAUUAAAACAGCAAUUGAAAGGAAGUGACAUCUAUCCACGAUAACAGUCCAACUGAUUGGUGCAUCUCUGAUUCAAACUUAUCCCUGAAGGUUUUGCAAACAGAGUAUAAGUAUCAUGAAACUGCGGUUUUCCACAAACCUUCUACUGGUUACUGGGCUCUCAGAAGCAAAUCAAACUUGCAUCAGUCCUGCAGUGCUUACCUUCAGAACUGACUAUGUAUACGGAUAGACACAGACAAGGUUAUGAAAACUGUAUCAACAUUUACUAGUUUCAGCAAGCUACUAUGAUACUAGGGGGGAAAAAACCCUCGCUGGAAUAGCUGUAAAAGGUCAGUUUAUACUGUUAAAAAAAACUGUUACAACAGUAAUUAAUUAUGGUGCAGUUCUGAAUGUUUCAAAGUAAACUCACAACUAGUAUGUCUGAAAAGGAAAUGUGAAGUAUGCUUUUUUGCACAGCGCAUUCUACCUUUAGUUAACAGCAUGGUCAUUUUGUAUACAUUCAUGCCCUGGAUAUGUUUGGUCAGCCACAAGUUUGCUCUAAAUGAUAUUACAUUAUUUUCCCUUUGACAUUUAAAUAUCUUUUGCAUGAGGAGCCUUUCAUGUCCAAAUAGAUCUUUAACUGAAAAUGACUGCAAGUUCUUUCUUCUUAGUAUUCUGGGUUAUAAAUAACUGCAUCAAAAGCACCUAAGCUCUGUUUUACAGUCUUCACGAUAUUUAUAACAUACUGUAUACCGGUGCCUUGAUUUUGUGGUAUAUCUGUGUUUUAGUUUUCUGAAAGAUGCAUCUGAUUCCUUACUUAAAGUUGCUGCUUUACAGUUUACGUUUUUUAUAAUUUUGCUAGUGGGCAUAAAAUGGGCAAUUGCCAUAUUAAGGUUUUGUCUUAUUUCUUUUAAUUUAUUUAAAUUAUGUCCACAUAUUUUACACAUUAGUAAUAACCUUUGUUAGAUUAAGGAAGCCUGAAAUUUAAUAAAAAUGCAAAUGAACUCUUAUUCUCAUUCAUGAUUAAAAUGAAUUCUUCAA